AUGAAGAUAUCGGCUACUGCUGUUGUCCUCCUCGCUGGGCUGGCUGCUGGUGCACCCACCAAAACCAUUCAAUCCAAGUUUGAGAAGCGUCAGUUCGGCACCGGCACUGAUGGACUCGGUGCUCUGGCCUCUCUCUUCCCUACCUUAGGCGGUGGUGGCUCUUCCACCUCGUCUGGUCUUGGUGCCUUGGCCUCGCUCAUCCCCGGUCUAGGCGGCUCCUCCUCUGGAAGCGGCUUCAGUCUUCCGGGAUUCACCUUGCCUACCUCCAUCCCCGGCCUGGGCAGUCUAGGUAGUCUGGGUAGCUCCGGCUCCUCCGGCGCCUCUGGUCUUUCGGGACUGAGCGGACUGAGCGGACUCAGCGGUCUCAGCGGACUCGGCGGACUCAGCGGUCUCAACGGGCUGGGCUCAAGCACCACCGGUUCCAGCGCUGAGGCAAGCACCAGCGGUACCGCCGCCACCAGCUCCAAUUCCAACUCGGGCGGCGCCCUCUUCGGCCUCCUCGGUGGUGAGUUCCCCCUCUUUCCCCGCCAACCUAGUCGUCUGCUAAGAUACUCAGACCAUGUUGCUAAACGCGGCCUUCUAGGAUCCAUGACCGAAAACGGCGUCAAGAACAAAGACGCCUGCCAACCCCUCACCUUUAUCUUCGCCCGUGGCACCUCCGAACUAGGCAACAUGGGCUCCGUCGUUGGUCCGCCCGUCGCCACCAAGCUCCGCUCCCUCCUCAACAACAAGGUCGUCGUGCAGGGCGUCGACUACCCCGCUUCUGUCGAGGGGAACGCCCUGCUCGGCGCCGCGGGCGGGCCCACCAUGGCCAGCAUGGUAAAGCAAGCGCUAUCGCAGUGUCCCGAUACCAAGGUCGUGGUCGGCGGUUACUCGCAGGGCGCGAUGGUCGUGCACAACGCGGCGAACUCGCUGAGUCAGGGCCAGAUUGCAGCGGCGGUUCUGUUUGGUGAUCCGUUCAAGUCUCAGGCUGUGGGCAAGGUGGACAAGGCGAAUGUCAAGGAGUACUGUGCGGCUGGAGAUCCAGUUUGUCUCAAUGGAGCGAAUGUAAUUGCGCAUUUGAGCUAUGGCAGUGAUGCGGCUGAGGCGGCGCAGUUUUUGGUUACGGCUUCGGGGGUUAAGGCUUAG